AUGGCAGCCUCCAAAAGAGCUACUAAAAAGAAGAAGGCAAGUAAGAGAGCCGGAGCAGAACAGACCAAGAGGAGGACGAGGGCAGAGAGGAGGCAGGAAGAGUCAGACCUAGAUGAAGAGGUGGCCGAUUCCAUGCCUCUUGAUCUGGAGUCCACAGAUGAGCCUUCAAGUGAACUCAAAAGAAAGGGGGAAGGCCACAGAGCUACUAAAGAAAAUGAUAAGACGACAAAUGAGAGCCAGGAAGUCUCAGACUCGGACGAGGAGAUGCCCGACCUCAUGGCAUUGGAUUCGGAUUUCGCGAAUUUAUCCGAAGAUGAGCCUCCAAGCAAACGCGAGAAACGUUAUAGGCGGCCUAAGCUCAGUGCCUGGAUACAACCACUCAUACAGGACUUUGUUCAAUCGCGCGGAGAUGAUAUUAAGAAGGAGCUACAAAGCGAAACUCCCGAUUUUACCAAGAUCGAAUCAUUCCUGAACGUGCUUAACUCCAAUAUCGUGAAAGCCAACAAAAAGCACCAUGCUCCGGUAGAAGACAACAACAUCCGUGCUAAAGCAUAUCGGAGGGAAUAUGAAGCCUGGUUGGCUCAAAUUGCUACAGAUAACAUUAAGGGUAAACCAGACGAAGAGUGGAAAGCAUAUUACAGACUUCACAAAAUGUUUCGCCUUCUCAAUGACGAAAACAACCUUCCUAAAGACUGGAAUAUCCCUUCCGCCACUGCUGAAAGAAUGUUCGGAGAAAAGCCAUCGGGGGUGGAGGAACUACCCAACGAUGCCGAUUCUGCGGCCUCAUACUCUGAUGAAUCUGAGUCGGAAGAGUCCGACCUUGAGUUAGAUGGUAUUGAUGGUCUGGAAGCAAGAAUGCGUAAGGAGUACAGCUCACUAUCUCGCGGAAAAGUUCUGUACUGGUGGCGGGUUGGAACGGGAACACAAAUAUUCGUCCAGUACGGUCGAAAAGCGCGUCCAAUAUACCGUGUGCGGGCAGGAUCUUCAAUUCCGUACGACACACGCACAACAGAGCAGGUACUCAGUAUCACUCGUGGUAAUGCAAAAGUCCAAAUCCCGAGCAUUGGAAGCACUGAGGAGAUCUGGAAAUACUCGCGUGAUGACGUGGAAGACAUUAUUGGAGUUGGCUGGAAAGUUGAGGAUGAUGAUGAUGCAAGUACAAAUGCCCUGGCGCUGAUCAGACCAGCAAAGGAUAUCACCUAUCCUCACACGCGAGUAUUGGUGAAAUGGAAACGUGGAGGCAUCUCCCUUGAACGCAGGGGUUUCAUUCGUCGAAUUGCCAAUGGGAGCAGCCUCAGUGGAGACCGAAUGAUCUAUUUGAAAGCUAAAGAACUCGAAAAUGCCUACUGGGGGUACGACGUCGAGAAUGCAGAGACUGAGGAUGAAUUGAGCGGUAGCGAUAGCUCGUCCUCGGAGCAAUCGUCCGGCCGGCGUACUCGCCCAUGGAAGCGUUCCACAAAAAAGCAUAGUUUGAAAUCGGAUUACAGCGUGGAAAGCGACGCUGAUUCUGAAACCAGUUCUGAUGAUGAGCCAGCACCACGUCGUUCUAGAAGGCUUGCCCGUGCGAAGAAAACCAAGUCAACCAACACAGGCAGGGGUAUCAAAGCUGAGAUCGACCGCCUGCUAAAGGACGUUAAACGCCUUCAGAUCAAACAGGCUGGUGCGCGAAAGGAGAAAGCAUCCGUGCGCAAGAACCACCGUGACAAGUAG